AUGUCCAACUCCGAUAACGACCACGACGAGGAUGUGAAUGACGGCUGGGGUCGGAGCCUUUAUAACAACAACAAGGGCAUCAAGAUGACCAUCGUUUUCACGCCCCUUCUCCCACCUCCAGAUCCUCGAAAAAAGCGCAGGGCCAAUGCGAAGGCAACAGUUGUCACGAAGAUCGAUCACUUCCAUGAAGAUGUUCCCUUGCGUGACUUCUUGUCCAAAACCAUUGGCACCAACCUCAAGCGUGACGAUCUGUUCGAAAACUUGUGGCUUUUUCAAGGACAGGAACUCGACGAUGCGGACUCAUUUUCGCUCUCCUAUACUAUUCCACGCCGCGUGACUGACGUGGUGGAUAUCGAUAACGACAAGGAUUAUGUACAGAUGGUUACUGAAGCUACGAACAAGCCUCCCUUUGAGGUGAAGCUGUUCAUUGUUGAGAAUCAGAUAGGAAAUGGGGCUGAUGAGCUGGAGGAGGAAGCUGAACACGAAGAAGCGGCCGCAUCUCGAAAAAAACAAAAGACCAGUAUACCUUCAAGAGAAGAGACUGCACAAGCCAAAAUUAUACAAGAUCUGGAACACCGUCACCGUUGUGAAGACCGGCAGUGCGGGAAGACACCCUGUUACGUUGCAGGCCCAAACGCCAAGCACAUUCACCUCACUCAUAUGCAUCUGCAUACCUGGGCGGCUGCGAUUGUUGAUGGAAAGAUCGAAGUGGUUGAUCAACUGUUCCUGCUCGUGCUUCUCCAAUCAACUCCCCGUGCUAGCGUGUCCCUCCACCACCCAUGA